AUGAAGAAAAGUGGUGUUCCUCUCCUUUUGGGUAUCAUCUUCCUGACUCUGAUUGGAGUUCAAGGAGUCCCAAUGAUGCAGAAGGGACGCUGUUUUUGCAUCAACACCAAUGAAGGGACAAUCCACUUAAAAUCCUUAAAGGACCUUAAACAGUUUUCCCCAAGCCCUUCUUGUGAGAAAACUGAAAUCAUUGCUACAAAGAAGAAUGGGGAUCAAAUAUGUCUGAACCCAGAUUCAACCAAAGUGAAAAAAUUGAUUAAAGAAUGGGAGAAACAGGUCAUCCAAAAGAAACAGCAAAAGAAAGGGAAAAAAACAUCAAAAAAGCAAAUUCUAAAAGUGAAACGAUCUCAACGUCAUCACCAAAAGAGGACUACAUAGGCGACCAC